AUGUUAACAGAGAGUUUAAAAGAAGUUGGUGAUAGAGGUAGUAUAUUUGAAAGAGAUGAAAGCUUUAAUAUAAGCAGUGCAAGUAAACAAUUAUUAGAUUAUCAAAAAAUGUUAUCAUAUCAUAAAAUUAAAUCAAUAGAAGAGAAAUAUACAACAAUUAAAAAUAUUAAUUUGGGUUUACAAAAAGCAAUUCAAGAACUUGCUUUGGAAAAUGAAAAAUUACGUUAUGCAUUAGUCAAUAUAGAAAAAAAUGCUCUAUAA